AUGUUCAGAUCAAACGGCGGGUGUCGUUAUGUCAAAAAACCAGACUUUUUACUCAAUGUUCAUCCAGAGAAUGAGGUUUUUGAUCUUAAAGAAAUCUUACCAGCUAAGAAAACUCUGCAGGUAAAGGUAUAUGUGGGUGAAGAGUGGCAUUCAGAUUUCCGCCACACUCAGUUUGAUCGAUUCUCUUCUCCGGAUUUUUUUUGUAAGGAGGAAGAAGAAGGUGAUCAAGUUAGAAUAGCCGGAGUGUCACGUGAUUUGAAAAUGAGGAAAAUAAAGGCAGUUGAGGACGAGUGGACUCCAAUGUGGAAUGAGGAAUUCGAGUUACCACUCACAAUUCUUAAACUGGCUUUGUUGCGCGUCGAAGCGCUAAAUUACGACACUUCUAAAAACCCAAACUUCGGCGGCCAAACUUGUCUUCUAAUAUCAGAGCUCAAAAUUGGACGGGUUAGUGGGAAGAACACCACACUUCAAAUUCAUCAUAUUGCCAUCCCUAUGAAUUAUGCAGCGUUGGAACCAUGA